AUGGUCACUUUCGUCGGUGUUCCUUCUGGAAGAAAUGUCGUCUUGGCUGUGAUGCUGGAGACCUUGAAGAGCAGUGCUGACAUCAAAAGCCCGGCGAAUUUGAUGCUCAUCGCUCCGGUCCUAGAAGAAUGGUCUCAGAUAGGGGAACAUGCUUUCAACCCUCGUUUGGGCAGGAGGCAUCCAGACCAGCUGGCACCCAUGAUGCCUUGGGGCCAGCACGAGCACGAGCACGAGCACUAUGAUCCCUUGCCGUCAAUCUCGCCAUACAGCAUGGAAUUCUACCCUCAGUAUACACCUUCGACUGAUGCGCAUGCUUAUAAGGCGAGCGCCCACGUGAGCGCAGAUCCAGCUCUUUACCUUCCGUACCAAAGUAGCUUUCCGCAACAGUCCGCUUGUGAGGGACGCGGCCGUCAGCAACCAUCCCCUAACGAUGGAUACAAGUACAGCCAGCGACAGUCCCAGUUCGCCGAUAAUGCAGUUGCUUACCCUCAACACUCCUUCCAACUGUCGGUCUCGGCCCUGACAGAUCAAAGCCAUCAUCAGCAAGCGUCCCAAUACUAUGGACAGAUAUACCCUCAGCAGCCUCACCAGUCGAGCAGCAGUAUAUCUCUUUACCCGUUAGCACAAACCCAAUACUACCCGUACCAAUUCCAAUCCACUAGCAGCGCCGCCACUUACCCGUCACCACAAACCCAACACCACCCCUACGCAUUUCAAUCCACCAGCAGCGCCGCAGCUUACCCUAUACCACCAAUCCAACAAGCUCCACCAGUCUUCUCCAACAGCCCAAACGAACAUUACGCAUCACCGUCCUUAUCUGAUUCACCAGCACCACAAGGCAAUCGAUCAGGGAGAAUGGCAGGGUUGCGUCGCGAGUCCAAGAAAAAGCCAAAAGAUUCUCGAGCCGCCCUGCCAGACAGCCAACCCAAUGCCUCAGCAUCCCAAUUAUCACACUCUUCAUCCACUCGGCCAUCCAAACUAUCCACACGUGCCAAAGCCAGGUACGACAGGCUCGAUGCAGUCAAUGGAAUUGUCAUACCUUCUAGAGUAGGUCAAGGGGAAUUGCCCAAGAACGUCACAAACUACGCUAGCGCCGACACUCCUCUAGAUCUAACCUGUCCGCUCUGCAAAGGCGGCUUUGCCAAAAGGGAUCACGUCAAAUCCCACUUCCCGGCCUGUGUAAAACGCAACGGGAAUCCGGUUGGCUUGAGGUGGAAUGAUGGUUUGCCUUUGUCUAAACGUGGUCCUAGGGCAUCAUGUCACCAGGUUGGUAGGGAGGAUGGAGCAGGGGUCAUCUUCAGGUGA